UAUAAUUUCGUCAAAUUCGUAAAUAAGUGUGCUUAAUUAUUUGCAUUAUUUUCACCAAACAGCAACACAGAGCUUUUGUAAAAGCUGCACAAACGAAAGCUACGUUCAAGCCGUUCCACGCGUGCUUAUUUGUUAAAAACACCUGCGAUAAAUCCAAAUAUACAUACUAAAAUAAAGAACUCACGCCUGCGUUUAAUCAAUUUCACAACCGACGCAGACAGUACCCGACCCUCACACACGCAGCAAACGUAGUUGAAAGGCGGGAGCAGUCUUCAAGGCCAAGGAAGUGUAAAGCGAAGCUCCAAUUGCAAUUAAACAUGAAAUUUGUGGUAACACAAAGCGACGAUCAGCAUUUUUGUAUAAAAGCUACGCAGCAACAGUGCAUACAUAUACAGAAAUCAAUAAACUCUGAAAAAGAACACGUGCAAGUGCCGCCAAUAGUUCUUAUUGCCGCCAAACCUCUGUGUAGACUUCUUUGUACAGAUUCUUGCGCUCUCUUCCAGACGCAUAAAAAGAACACUCUAUAGUGCUUGUGAUUCAGUGUGUUUUUGUGUGGGCGUGUAUGAGCGAAGGCCUAGACAAAAUACGUGCAUACAGCAAUUAAGGCAUAAUCAACACCAACAACAUCCAGAGCAACAAAAACAAAUAAAAAUAUGCCGCGUCGUAAUAAGAAAGCAUCGGGCAAAGGCCGUGGAAACGAAUCGAAUUCGGAGGACGAGUCGUUUGACAAUGUUAGUGUCUAUUCGCAUGUUUCGGAGCCUGCCUCCUCGGAAGCCGCCGAUGAACUAGCCAACGAGCGCUAUGAAGAAAAGUUUGAGAAGGCCUUGGAGCAGGCCACCGAAAAGUCCGCUCAGACGCGUGUGCAAGCUCUUCAAUCCAUUUGUGAGCUGCUCAGCCAUCGCUAUAUGCCCGACUUUGUGGAGGAUCGUAAGAUGACUUUAAUGGACUUUGUGGAGAAGAGCAUCCGUCGUGGCAAGGGACAAGAGCAAAUGUGGGGCGCACGUUUGGCACCGUUGCUGGUGCUGCAACUUGGCGGAGAGGAGGGCAUGUCCAAGGCUAUGAAUCAAUUUUUGUUGACAACCGUGCAGGAUAAAUCUGUGGGCCUCGACGCACGCGCCAAGUGCUGCACAGCCUUGGGUCUCUUGAGCUUCUUAGACUGCGAGGAUAUUGGUGAACUGGUGCAGUUGAUGCAGUCCUUCGAAUCUGUGUUCUCUGCAAGCUAUUUGCGUGGCGACGAUAAGACACCGGUGUCUGUAACUCCAGAGGCAGGAACUCUGCAUGCUGAAGCCUUGUCUGCCUGGGGCUUGUUGCUCACAUUGAUACCCCCGGGCGACUUUGUUUCGUUAAUGACCACUGGACAGCAUAAAUUUCCUUCUAUUAGAAAAUUCUUGGGUCUCUUGCAAUCCCCACACUUAGAUGUUCGCAUGGCUGCUGGCGAAACUAUUGCUUUGAUCUUAGAGUCUGGUCGUUCACAUGAUGGAAAUUUCCUGGAGGAGCAUAUUGCUGAGCUCUGCGAUGCUGUCAAGCAGUUGGCUACGGAUUCGCACAAAUAUCGUGCCAAACGCGACCGUAAGGCCCAACGCGCCACUUUCCGUGAUGUACUACGCUAUCUAGAGGAGGAUAUUUCGCCGGAAAUAAAUAUACGAUUUGGAAACGACUCUUUGACUUUGGAUUCAUGGUCCAUACAUCAUCAAUAUUCAUCUUUGUGCACUGUUAUGGGCCCUGGCAUGACUUCGCAACUGCAGGAGAAUGAGUUUAUUCGCGAUAUCUUUGAACUGGGACCACGUCCCACCAACACAGGCAUUAAUGGAAAUGCCAAGAGCAAGCCAACCAAACUGGAACGCCAUCUGGUAAACGCCGCCAAUUUUAAAGUACGCUCCAUUACACGUGGCAAGAACCGUGACAAGCGCUCCGCAGUUCUCAAUUAAAUGGAACUUAACUCCGCAUUAGUUAAAUUGUUUUAGGCCAGCUUUGCGUAUAAAAAAGCAGCUGCAAUUAAGUAAACUCUUUCGGUACAUACAUAUAUUUCGUAAACAAAAUUUGAAUAGUUUAUACCAAUUAAACAAGCAAAAUAUCUAUCAAAUUAUCUAGCGUGUAUAGCACUAUACAUAUAUGUAUAUGAAUGUCACUAACUCGAUUAGCUAGUAAUGUGAUUUCAAUGAAUUUUUUGUUAGGCUGCAAUAAUUGCAAGUCACCUGGAACGACUGUACGGAAAACAAAAUUUUGUUUAUAUAUAAAUAUAUUUCUCUAUUUAAGCUAAGUUGUUGAUCUUAUAUUUGAAAAAAAAAACGAAAACAAACCUAAAAA